AUGUCCUCAUUAAGGAUUGUCCUUAAUUUCCAAUGUGGAUUUGGAGUCCUGGCCAAUAUAUUUCUCCUUGUUUUCUACACUUUCAUAAUUCUGUGUCACAGACCUAAGCCCACGGACAUGAUCUCCUGUCACCUGACCUUCAUCCACAUAGUGCUGCUCAUCACUGGAGCGGAUAUUUGGCUUACAGACAUAUUUGAGUCACUAAACAUUGAUAAUGACUUCAAAUGUAAGACAACUUUUUACAUAAACAGAGUGAUGAGAGGCCUGUCCAUCUGUAUCACCUGCCUCCUGGGUGUGUUCCAGGCUGUCACUAUCAGUCCCAGUUCCUCUUUGUUGAAUAAAUUUAAAUAUAAACUUAAAAAAUACAUGAUUUCUGCUUUCUUACUUAUUUGGUCUUUCAACUUGUCAUUCACCUGUCACCGAAUAAUCUAUUCUGGUUCUUUUUCCAAUGUGAGUGAAACCAAACAGAUGAAGGUCACCAAAUUCUGCUCACUCUUCUCCAUGAACCACAUCAUCAGGGCAUUGAUUUUAACAGUGGCAACCUCCAGAGAUGUAUUUCUUGUAGGAGUUAUGCUGGCCACAAGUGCAUACAUGGUGAUCAUCUUGCUCAGACAUCAGAGGCAACAUAAGCAUCUUCACAGCCUCAGCCAUCUGAGAGCAUCUCCUGAGAAAAGGGCCACCCAGACCAUCUUGCUGCUGGUUGUCUCCUUUGUGGUCAUGUACUGGGUGGACUUCAUCAUCUCAUCCACUGCAAUUUUAUUACGGAUGUACGACCCAGUCAUCCUGAGUGUUCAGAAGUUUGUGAUGAAUGUCUAUCCCACAAUUACUCCUUUGGUACAAAUCAGUUCUGAUAACAGAAUAACCAAUAUGAAGAAACACAUGCAAUCUUUGUUCCACCAUAUUUUCAAAAAGAGAUAA